GGUACAACAAGAGUUUAUUAAGUGCUCUUUAAAGUCACAUCCACCACACAGAAAUUCAAAUCCAGAAUUUUUUUUAAAAAACAGCAGAGUGGCCCAAUGGUCACAGAAAAUCAUAAAAAUUCAGAAAAAACCACACAAGCUUCCAGAUUCUUGCAAACCCCUCCUCAACUGUUCCCCAAGCCACCCACCACACAGAAAUUCAAAUCCAGAUUUUUUUUAAAAAACAACAACAGCAGAGUGGCCCAAUGGUCACAAAAAAUCAUAAAAAUGCAGAAAAAAAACACACAUGCUUCCAGAUUCUUGCAAACCCCUCCCCAACACCAAGUCCUUGAAUUCCAAACACCCCAACCCAAAAUCCAAAAACCCCCAAAAAAAGUUUUAAAAGUUUAACUUACCAAAUGGCUGCAAAAGAAGUUUUGGAAAAGCUUCAAAUAUCACCAAAGUCUUCAAAAACCUCAAAAAAGGCUACCACACCGCGUUCUAUGAGUUGCUCCUCGAAGUCAAGUCGCAACUGCACCUCUUCAAGCAAUGCACCCCGGGUAUUAACGGUUUUAUGAAAAAGGAAACAAACUUGCAAGAUGUUUUCGUCUUGCGAAGCAAUCCCAUAGGGAAAUUCAUCUUGCGAAGCAGCUCAAAAAACGCAAAACGCUUUCGUCUAGCGAGUUUUUUGUCUUGCGAGGCAUUCGUCUUGCGGGGCACCACUGUAUAGAGUAGAACUCUCAUUAACAAUAUUUCACUGCAUUCAGUACCAACUAGUAAAACAGGUUUCUUGUCUUUUACAGGUUCUAAACCACAACAAGCAGGUGCCAAAAGGUUUUUUUUAAUACACAUCCUUAAAGGAAACAGUGGUGGUGUGUUUGUAGGAACCUGUUUUCACUGUCCAUGCAUAUGAUGCAGUAUCAAGCCCAAUGCCAAUUACAUGGGGAAAUUCUCCAACAAGAAAGAAACAAAUUGCCUUCAUUCCGUGAGCUUUACUAAACUUGGUGAGGUGCUGGAAUAAUGCUUGGCUAUUCACAGUGCCCCCCUUACGGGCAAUUUCAUUUUGUUCACUAAGAAGAAUGGAUCAGUCGUUUCCUUUGCCACUUUGCAACCCAAAUCCUAUGUUUAUUUGGAAUGAAGCCCCACUGUGUUCAACAGGAUUUAUUUACAUGUGAAUGUACAGGAAUAAAUCAUUAGAAAUGAUUAUAGAUUUUCCCCAGUACAAACUCAUUGGCACACCAUGCCCAUUCCUUCUGGGGGAAACAAGCAGAUCUAAAACGGCUAGCUUGCCACAUUUUGAAGGAAUGCACAUUACCUAUUCGACCAUUAUCAACAGCGAUUUCGUUGCCUCUUAAACCGGCACCUCUGGGCCACUGCACACUUUCAAAGGGAAAGCACCGACCCAUCACUGUGUCACAAUCGCACACACGUACUCGGCGAAGGCAUGUGUACACGCAACGCGAAGCUGCGCUGCCAAUGGUGGCUUACCAGAGUACGUACACGCGUCUGCCACGUACACACAGAACAGAUUCGCGCACCAUCGACACGCAGGUUCGGCGUACCUCCCAUCGAUGAAGUAAAGAUCACAUAUCUCCAGCCAGCCUAACCAGUUUCGUACGACACAUUUCAUAGAAUCAUCCGAGUUGAAAGGGACUCCCAAAGUCAUCUAGUCCAACCCUCUGCAAUACCCGGGUGGUCUCGAACCACCAACCUUCUGGUUAACAGCCAGAUGCACUAACCCAUUGGGCCACUGGCACGUUUCUCCGGUCAGUUCUCUUUCAAUAGCUACAGACACCAGAAUCUCUCUGACAACAACAACAUCGACUCUUUUCCAUUGGCAACCGGUCAGUCGGAAGAAAUGGCUGCUUCCUAGCGAUUGCAAAAAAAAAAACCAUUUUCAGGGGCGGGCGGACGGACGGGCGAUGCUGUUAUUCAGGGCGACAGGCGCUUAUGUUUUGUUUUUGCAACCGCACCACUUCCCUCCCACUCCUAUUGUGAGGAGAGCGAGAGAGAAAGGAGCGGCGGUGGCGGCUGCUGCUGCAAGACGAGCCCCAUUGAAAGCCGAGGCGCAGGAGCCGGGCUGUCACGUGACGCGGUUCCUGGAAAGUUCUUGGAAAGCGGCCUUUGCAUUUUUACCAUUCGAGGAAGGGAGGGAGGGAGCGAAGGAAGGCGGCAAAGGAGGCGGCGGAGCCGAGCACCCACUUCGCUCCCGACGACGCGCCUCCUUGUUUUGAAGUUUGCGAGCUGCCGUCGAGCUGAGAAGCCAUGCAGGACCCGCCCCCCCUUGUUGAAAGCUGCCGGCCCCAAUUCCUUCAGAGCAAAUAAAUAAUAUGCAGCGAGUCCGGGGUGGGGGGGAGGGGUGUUUGAUGCGUUCCCCACGUGCAUUCUGUCCUCUUCGUUAUGCCUGCCUCUCUCCCCCACCCCCUCACCCCCUACCCGGCGGCGGGGUUGGUAGCGCGUGCGCGCGCGCGCCAGCGAGAAAAUCCCUCCAGCCCGCCGGGAAUUGUUUGCUGGGCGUCACGGCGUCACAUGCAGAUUUCCUGCCCUUGGUAGUAACAGCUCUUUGCAGAGAAGAAUAACCUGCACUCGCCUGCCUGCCCCCGCUGCGAGAGAGCCAGGCUUGCCGGGGGCUGGAGAGAAACAGAGCCGCCGCUGCUGGCCGAUCCGUCUCCGCCCAGCCAGCAGCGCGCUUCUCCCUCUUGCAACAAAAGCGAGGCUGAGCGCGCUGGCCUCCCGGGUUCCCAAAACAAAGGCGAGCUCCUGCAAGCGCCUUCGGCCAGUGCGGGGAGGGGGAAGCGGGGCGGCCGGGCGGGGAAUCCAUGCGGCGCUUGCAGGCGGAGGUAAGAGUUUUCCGGAGUGCGCGCGGUUCCCCCCCCCGGCUCGCCCCCGGGGCCGCCCACCGCGUGUUUCCUCGACAGCAGCCCGCGCGCCUGCCUGCCUGGAAAGCGAGGAGAAGGCGCUCCACCUUGAGGCCAGCCAGAGGGAGCCCGAUCGCGCUGUCCCGGGUCUGGCCCAGGUGGAAACCGGCGAGGGGCCCUUCCCCACCUUCUCUAGUGCUUGCCCAAAGGCGGGAGAGCCGCCUCCCCUGCGAGGAAAUCGGGGCGAAGCGGGAAGGACCUCUUGCGCUCGCUCUCCUUGCAGCGGAUGCUCUGCAAGGCGCCCCAGCCUAGCGGGAUUCCGCAGGAGCGCUCCUAAGCGGCCACCGGCGCUUUUUCUCUCCCGCAGGGUUGCAGGUUGCUGGCGGCCAGGAUCCGGAUGGGCUGGGGCAGCCGCCGGGGCCUCGGGGCCGGGGCACGGCGCUCCUAGCUCGCUCGCUCGCCCUCCCCCUCUCCCAAACCUCGAGCCGCCAAAUGACCCUGCGCUCGGACGAAUCCUCGGAUGGCACCGACAGGACUGGGCCCCAGUGGGAGGCUGCCGGAGCAGCAGCAGUGGCGGUGGAGCCUUCCGAGGAGGAGCGCCUGGAGUUCGCCAUGCGGGAAUUGAGGCUCGCAGGUAAGUCCGAUUAGGAGCAAUCGUGGCCUUGGCGAGGUGAAGGUCCCUCCGGGGUUGCCCCGGGGUGACCAAAGAGGAAAAGGCUGGGGGUUUCUCCUUUUGCUGCGCUCCCCGGACAAUGGCCAGAUACAAAGGGGGGGGGGACUUGUGCGGUUGUGGGAACCGGAGGGGCUCCCCGCCUCCUUCCCUGCCGGUGCCUUCGGGGCUGUAGCGUGGGAAGGGCUGGGAGGAAAAGCGGACCUGGAUCGGGUUCCCGAGAGGACGAGCGCGACAUCUGCGCGCGUUCUGUAGGAUCGGGAAAUGGGACGCGCAACUUCGGGGGCCGCGCGUCGGGGGAGGAAGAGCAAGAGCUUUGGCUCGAGAUGCGAGUCAAAAAUACCCCGCAAGCCUGAAUGCUUCCCCCUCCUCCCCCUUUGCCAUUGAGGAGGCUCCCUGGAAAGCUGCGUCGAGGUUUUCGUUCCGAGGAUUCGCGACCUAAAAUAACGAGCGGAGCAAGGUAGAAAACCACCCAUCUUCUAUAGUGAUCUCAGGGCGAGGCUUUGCGAAGGAGAAGAAAACGAAAAAUCCACACUCUCCCUUUCUAAGCGUUAAAUAAACUUCUAUAGUGGUGUGCCACAACUUCGUUUUGUGUUGGCUUUCACGUUUCGGAUUGGGAGGCGUGGAUACGUGUGGAUUACAGUGGUACCUCGGGUUACAGACGUGUAUUUCGCGGGGUGUCGCGUAUUAGGAUUGCUUCAAGGAUAACGGUGCCUCUCAAAGGCUGUCUUUUAAUUUAUUCGGCAGCCUUCUCUGUGAAUCGAGAGUCGCUGGAGACUUUCUGGGGAAACAGAACUGUGUCUUGAGCAGAAAACAGUUUAAUUUGUUCAGUGUAGUUAUGGAGCAGAAUCUCUCACAUGGACAGAAUAUUCGCUUAAAGUCUUUCAGCUUAUUAUGUCCUACAUUUCUUCCAGGAAAGGCUUUUCAAGAGGGCAGUGAUUAGAAUUUUACUGCCUUGUCAUGGGAAUUUGUACGAACAAAGAAAACAGUUUUCCUACAAAAGCUAGACAGCAAAAUAUUCUCUUUAGUUUUAAAAAAAGAUUGAAGAUGUGGGAAGUUAUUACGUGAAAGGGAUGGUUUCCCCAUCCCUGAUUUGUUUUGCCCAAGAUAAAGAAGAAUCUUUGGCUGUAAGUAUGCCUGCAUCUGUAAAGAUUAUAUUGUGCUUUGCUGUUGUGCUCUCUGCAUAUAGUUUCAGGCACCAGAACUUUGUUGGGGUACUUUGGGGUUAAAGUUACUGUUAAUCAAAUAAGACACAUUGCAGGAUAGCAUGAGCUUAACUACUUCUGUCACUUAUUAUAGCACUUGAGCAGACCAAUUCUGUGCACACUGCUGACUCAAGUAAGCCCCUCAGUGUUGAAUGGGACUUAUUCUCAGGUAGAGACACUGCAGAGGAAAAUUGUUCUUGUGCUUGAGACAGGCCCCUUUCACUAAGAGUGAGAGGCAGUGAGUUGUUCAGGGCCACCCAGUAAGUGUUUGGUUCAGCAGUGACUGUAAAUGGGUGGGGGUCCUUCUAGUGGAAUCUACUUGAGUAACUUUGUUUUCCUCCUCUUAUCAGGAUGGUACUGGGGUAACUUGAGUGUUGUAGAAGCCAAGGAGAGAUUACAAGAUACAUCUGAAGGGACUUUCUUGGUCAGAGACAGCUCGCACUCUGAGUACCUGCUUACUAUUUCAGUAAAAACGUCAGUCGGACCUACCAACCUACGCAUAGAAUUUCAAGAUGGCAAAUUCCGACUGGAUUCCAUUAUCUGUGUUCGGUCAAGGCUCCGGCAGUUUGACAGUGUGGUCCACCUGAUUGAAUAUUACGUUCUUAUGUGCAAGGACAGAAGAACUGCGUCUGAAAUGCCUUCCAAUGGAACAGUCCAUCUGUAUUUGAAUAAACCUCUCUGUCAUUCAACUUCAUCUCUACAGCACUGCUGUAGGGUAGCUAUAAACAGAUACACUAAUGAGAUCCAGGAACUUCCUUUGCCAACAAGACUGAAGGAAUUCUUGAAAGAAUAUAAAUAUCGGAUAUAAAUAUAUCAUCUAUUCUGCCUCGCUUUUUUUAAAAAAAGAUAUGAAUACAGUUUUAUGAAAUCAAAAGCCCUGCGCAGUCAGCUGCAAAAAAAAUGUAUUGUGUAAGGUCAUUCUGAAAAUAGCCAAGGUAAUCUUUAUGUGUGGAAGUGGCAUGGGGCGAUGUAGCUGAACUCAGGACUCCACAGUCAAAACUUUGCAGCAGAGUAAUGUCUGCUGUUUCUCCUGAUUGGCCAGUCUCUUAAACCUCAUUGAGAAAAGUGCCUGUGUUGCAGUGAGGCUGAGAUGCAAGCAGAGGAAAGGUUUGUCCCUCUUCCGCAUCCAUGCCUUCCUUUGGCUCUUAAAAUCCUACUCCUUUAUAUUGGGGCAGUCCUGCAUCUAAAAGUCAGGUCUACCAACCUAUAUCUUGUUUGGCCCUGCCACAUUUGACUGGUUUUCUCUUUUGAGAACCAAUGGGAGCGUUCUUCCUGUACUACCAACAACAACAAACUAAUUCAAGCGUUCUGUUAGUGGUGUGGCUGUCUUUGAAAAAUCACUUCUGUACGAAGGGUGGGAUUUGUGUGAUUCAUCACCAGUGAUGUCAUAGGCGUUACCUAACGCAUGUCCUUGAGACUUGUGCAACCGCAUUGCAAAUAGCAAUCUCGAUCGAUACAGUACCUUGUGGAAGAUUCACAUUUCCCAGUGACAAAAUACUGUAGUUUGAGAGCUGAGAAGGUGCAAGUGUCUUCUCGCUAAAAGGUCUAAGGUGAGAGCAAACAUCUGGAUCCCAUGCAGCGAAUGACUUCCUAACUGCAUUUAUGGCACUCCAAACUUUUCAGAAUUUCUGUAGGAGAACCUAGAUACUGGGACAUAAAUUUCCAGAUGAAAAUAAACAACUGGCACAGAAGUUAUUGGUGGGGUGGCAGUUCUAUAAGGAAUGGGUUAACUGUCUGAUUUUAAGAUGAGCUUGAGGCUGCCUAAGAUGCUGUCUUCUUACAGCAUUAAUUGCAGCCUGUUCAUUCAGUUAAUAACUUGUUCAUUUUAGUUUAUGGCUGAAAAUUGGGACAUUGUAGAACAUAGUGGAUAUUUUACAACAUUAUAACACCAAAGUUUUGCUCAUAUUUACCCCCAGAUGUUGACCUAGCAAUGCUUUCUGAUUCUGAAUAACUUAUGAAAACCUUCUGAUCAGCCCUACUCAUUUUUGCUCGGAAAUAAGUGUUCUUGGGUUGCAGCCAAGUCUCAUUUGGACUGUUCAUGGAAUAGACUUCUAAGCAGACGUGAUUAGGAUCAGGUUGUAAGACAGCUAAUCACAUUGAACCAGAAUUAAUGGACUUUGCUUACUUGUAUAUAGCUACAAUGAUCUCCCUUCAACGUAUGGGGACUGUACUACAUUGAAUAAUCUAAUUAAAAGGGAACCUUAUUUCAAAUAAAGCUGAAUUGAAAAAGCAAACCCUUCACUGUCUUUUACAAGGGCCCAGUGGAUCAUUUUUAUAUUAGGGUAGUAUACCAAGGUUUUUGUUAGUGUGAUAGAGAACUCCUUUUUUGUUUUAGAUCCACUUACUGCCUAUAAUAGGCCUCCCUUGAAUGAGACUUUAUAUAAGCCUAGACUGCAGACUUGCAGUUGUGGUUUCCAUGCCUGAUCGUGGAUAGCAGCAAUUAUAACUUCCUUCUACAAUGUAGAAUUUUUUUAUUCUUAUUUCCUUGAAAUGCAAGAAAGUUUAUGUGAUCUAAAGAUUGUGUUUUCAAGGCUGUAGCUGUCAGAUUUCAGAUUGUAUUAAAUAAAGUAAACAAUUGCAGAGGCUGCAUGUCCUUAAUGUGUUUGGGUUAUUCGGAAAGUAUCUUGUACAGUGCUUAAAAAAACAUUCCUUGCCUUCUUUCAUCUCCAUUGAGAAAUAUGUGACAAAAAGAAAUCUCAUUAUAUCACAUUUUGUACACAGUUAUUCAAAAAUUAGGUAACUAGCAUUGUGAUUGGUGGUGUUAGUUCUAGUGUACUUUCUGUGCUCCACAGUUUUUGUCUAGUGUAUUCCCACAACAACAUUAAAGUUUAAAAGCACCGAAUGUGUUACUGAAUUCCCACAAGUCAAAUACUACUACAUAUAUACUACAUAUACAGCUACAUGUUGUAGUGUUCAUAAUUUGGCACCUAUGAGGUUAAAUAGAAGGGUGGUCAAUCUUAAGACAGGUCUUGCUGGAUCAGACCAAAGAUCCAUGUACUCUAGCAUAUUAUUUCCCCCCAGUAGCCUGUCAGCUGCCUUUGGGAAGUCCACAAGUAAGGAAAUAGAUUUUCCUCACAGUGGUGACCUAGCAUCUGGUAUUCAGUGGUGUUCUGAUGGUGACCCAGAAGGCUCCACCUAUCAUGCUUGAUAGUGAUUUGUAAACCUACGCUCUUGUCUAUUAGAGCUGUCUGAGCUAGUGGUCAGCACCGCAGCUUACAGCUGAAUUCCAUGAAUUCAUUAUGUGUUUUUUGCCUGUCUUUUUGCCUGUCUUGUCAAUCUACUUGUUAGCCUGCACUUUGAAUGUUGGUUUUAUGAACGAAGGGGGAAAUGUUUCUAUCUGCUUAUUUUAUACUAUGCAUAUUAGCUGCAUACGACAUUGUACUGUAAAAUCCUAUGCAAGUUUACUCAGAAGUUCAAUGGUACCCAACAUUGCUUUAGGACUGAAGUUGGGGGCUCCUUGUAUCUGUAUUCUGCUUUCCCCCCUUUCUAGCUGAAGUUUAAAUAUGUCAUGACGAGAAGAAGCAACUAAAACUCUGAUCUCCUGAAGAUUUCUCAGCCCUGCAACAGAUAGUAAGACAAACUUUAUUUUUAUUUUUUUACCCCUGCCCUCCAAAGCUUUGGUUAAUCUGCAAGAGUUAGAGUAAGACCACACAUUUAUUGAGUACACAAGCAGUCUUGGUCUUCCUUGGGUAUAUAUUUGUGGGGAUAAAUGUAGGUGAUCCACAGAGAUAAUGAACAUGGCUGGCAGCAGUUUAUGUGAUUUGGCCAAAUCUCUGCUCACUUGGUUUAUACAUUCCUUUGUUUUGGGCAACUUUGUCAAGCAGAACCUUCUGUCUCUGGACUCAAGUAAUGAGGGACUUGCAAUGCGAGAUCAUCCCAGAGGGUCAGGAACAAAUUGCAUGUUAACAUGGUGAUCUGCCACAUCAAGGGACUAAUGUGCUUCCUUCAACCCAGCUGCUAUCUGAACUAUAUCCCUGUAUCCACUACAUUGUUCAAAAGUACUGGGGGGGUGGGGGCUCACCUCUCACAGAGUGCUGAAUAUACAUGAGAGCAAGAUGUUUUGUGUCUAUUCUGGCUGAACCUAAGGAAAGUGUAAAGGUCCUGCUCUUGGUGGGGGGCCUUAAUGGAGCUGGCAAAUGUUAAAGCCUGAUGAUUGAUGGUGCUGACACAAAUACGUGCGUAGAGAAUGCCAGUACCAUUUGUUAAGUGCAAGAAGUUUUGCUAAUGUAACCUGGUUCUUGGAUAUGUGAAAAAAAGUAAAUAACAAGGGUCUAGACUCAAGUGGGAAAGUUGUAGCGCUCUAGCUGUUAUUGGACUCUCAUCAUUGCCAACCUGCAUAGCCAAUAGUGAGGGAUGAUGGGAAUUAUAGUACAACAGUACCUAGUGGUUCACAGGUUAACUAACCCUAAUCUAGACAAAGAAUUAGUUUAAAAAGAAGUGCAACCACUAAAAUUGGAAGAGAUUGAGCAUGUAAUUUUUGUUUUAACUUUUAAAAAAACCAAAAACUUGACUUUUGAUUUGGAGGUUGUUUUUUUUAAAAAAAAAGGUUUGUGUCUUUAGGGCUAUGCAGAUACAUCUAUCAAUCUAGGAUCGCAGCCUGAUUUGCAUAUUUUGGGGAAACGCUUCUGUCAUAAGGAAGUGUGAUGAUGCAUAAGCACUCGGUUCAUUGGAAAAAUUGGCUAUAAGUCACCCCCCCCCCGUUCUUUUCCCCCGUGCUGUCUUGUGUGUUCAGAAUAAGUGCACAGGUUGGUGGGAAGAAGCCUGCAUGGGCGUGCUCAUUGACUUCACUGUCCUAAGCAGAGUGGGGAUUCUGUGGCUCUCCAGAUGCUUCUUGGAGUCCCAACAUCUGGAUCCCUUCUCAUCUCCGCCUUGAAGCCAGCAGCAAUGGAAGCAGCACCUUACAGCCACAGGCCCCACAUCAACCCUGCUCCUACUCCCAAGCAGAUGAAAGGAACCUAGAAGAGGAGAAGCGGAAGGACCAUGCUACGAUUCACAACAAAACAUCUGUCUCACUUCCCUGUUCCUUCUCACAAACUAAGAUAGGUCUUCCAUUCUUUUAGUAUUGGUAACUCCAAACCAUACCUACAUAUGUUUUUUUGUUGCUGGUUCGGCUUAGCAAGGGGAAGGGAAGAAACUAGCUUUCACCUUAGCCAUAAGAGGCACAAGAGACUACUAUAAGAGACUAGGCAAGUUAGAUAUGUUUCUAAUGAACAAAUUCAGACAUUUCACAUUUUUUGUCUCCAAACUGCUAAUAGCCAGCUGAAAACCAACAGAUUAAAUUUGGUGGCACAAGUUUAUUUGGUUUUGUUUUCUUAAAAGAAAGGGCAGCAACACAUUUUGACUCAUGUAAUAAGUCCUGCAUACUUCCUUAUUUUAUAAAAUUAAACGCUUUACUGUUUCUUAAACCAGGGAUGGGGAAGCAGGUGCCCAGGGACAAAAUGUGACACUGCAGGCCUCUAUGUCUGGACCUCAAGGCCACAGCUCUCCCUGGCCCAAUUUGCAUCAAGUGUUUUUGCCGGCUUGGAAUGUGUCCUUAAGUUCUGAUAAUGCCUUUUGUUUGACUGUGUGGAAGGUAGAGAGAGGUGUGUGAAAGCAUAUUGUUGCACCACCCCAAUUUCCGAGCGGUGUAAGAUUCUAGGGAUUCCAGCCACUUCCCCUGGGUUUCAUGUUUCCUUUUGGAAAUGAAGCACAGCGGGGACUGUGGUGUCUUUAGGAUAGAUGGCUUAUUUACACAUAUAUACAUCCUGAGCCUAUAAUGAAGGGGUUCACAGCAUCAACACCCCAAAGAGGUCUUGCUUCUCCCAAAGCCACAGCCGUGGAUUCAAACAGAAAUAAACCAUUGUGCUCUGACCCUCUCUCCAGCUUUAUGCCGUUAACCACCUUGCUGAAUCCAGGGAUUCAAUGUCUGGCUUGAUUAAAUUCUAGCACUUACUGGGUCCAGGAAUUUAGGGGAAUAUGGCACCCCAAAACUCAUAACUAUAUAUAGGAAGUAGCCUGCUGUACAAAGAGAAAUUUGACAUUUCUUUUUGCUCUAUUCACUUUUGACUCUGUGCCUGCCCACUUUUGGCAUGUGGUCCUAGAUGGUUGCCCAGAAAGUAAUGCAGCCGUCAGGCUGAAAAAAGAUUCCACAUUCCCGUCUUAAAUUAACCAUGCAAUUUAUUUAUUUAUUUGAUGUGUCGAAUCUCUUGCUAUUUUUAGUGGAAUUUGAAGACAUCGGCGUUCAUUCUCUGGCAUUAGUCAUCCGUGUUCAAAAGAUAACAGCAUUUUGAGAAUACGUCAUUACUUUGUCUCCAGUUUUGGCUGGCAAAUCCUGUGCUCCAAUCCCAAGUAUGCAAUAUACAAUUGUAGAAUUUAUUCCAACACAAUGUGUUUGGAAUCAAAAGUUUAUUUUCCUCAGGUCAUAAGACUUAUCCAAUAGAUAUCCUAUUUUGUUACCUGCUAUAUAAAAAGCGCUGAUCAGCUUGUUCAUGUACAUAUAUUGAAGUAAUACAGGUGGUACUUAAAGCAUGUUUAAUGAACUUUUAAAAAAUGGAUAAUUAUUUUAACAUGUAUACGCUUUUUGUGUACGGUUUUCUUUAUCAAAACUACCAUAUCAUGCAUACUGAUCUGAAGCUUAGGGAUUCACUGAGUCCUAAACUGCUUAGGAAGUCAAUGGCUAAAUCAUAAUUUGAUGUGAUGUCUAAUUUUGUUCCGUUCUCCACCAGUUUAUGAAAAUCCUGUAUUGUCAGUUGGUUACCCCAUUUCUGAACAGCUGUGGUGAACAUUAUGUACUUCCUUCUUGGCAGGCUAUCAAGCUCUGGGUCAUUCAGAUGUUAUGAAGAAGUACAAUGUAUUUGGUUUGGAAUCAAAGCUGUUUGUGCUGACAUCUACCUACCCUGUUCACAAUAUUCACCCAAGCCUGGUCAAAUGAGAACAUGGUAACUACUUUUGGCUAAAAACCUCAGGGGACUCGGCUGCCAAUUAAGUUUUUUUGGAAACAAUAAAUGGAUUUCCAUGAGG